UGCCUAUCGCUGCCGAGCCGUCAAAAUAACAACAGCAACAAACAGUGACGACAUUGCUAAUUUUGUUUUGCGUUUCACCAGAGCUGGAAAUAAUGUCGGAUCUCGCUUACCUGGACUCGUUGUCCAACAAAGAACUGAUGGCAAAGUGCCUGGAGCACGGCCUGCCCGUCGUUCCGGUGACAUCCAGCACGCGCUCCGUUAUUCUUCGUCGGCUGAAGGCAGCGAUAUCGGGAACUCCUCUGAACAAAAGCAAAACUUCAAGUAAGAAAUCGACGUCUCAACGCGCAACCAUACACGGCAGCCAGGUGGCGACGCCCACAUCAGAGCCAGUGCGGCGUACAGUAGGAAGGAGUGCAGGUCGCAGCAAUGGCAGCCAAAUCAGCGAGCAAAGUCGUCGCACUAUUGCCUAUGGAUUGGACAAUACCUCGGUUUCUGGGAGAUCUGUGCAGACCACGACUACAGUCUCGGAUGUGGGCUCCCAGUCGGAAGACGAUGACUACUACAUGGUGGACUCACCGAGCGUAAAAUAUUCCCAAGGCGCUAAACCGGCCCCAAGAGAGAACCGACGGUCUGUUUCGCUUUCGAAAUCUGGGGUGCUGACUACGUCCUAUACGCGCGAGGAGGACCCACCACUUUACGGGCAGGAGGACAUACCACGCACAUACACUUACGAAAGACGACAUGCCCCAGCCGCUCCUCUACACACACUUCCCACUUAUGAGCCGCGCAUUGAGCCUUCGACCUACAGACGCACAGAGUUCUCGCGACCACUGCUGACCCAGACCAAUCUGAACUCAACCAGCUACCAGGAUGACCCUGGAUACAACCCUUCGCUCUCACCAAUUUUUCCGAGGAACACUUUCAGUGGUUCCGCCCGGCCUUUUAGUGGCCCUGUGGCAGAUCCCGUGCAGCCUCGCCAGCGCCAGACUGGACAACACUUAGCUCGGGGUCGUUUGCUCCAGCCAACAACAGCUGUAAACACUCUUUAUCCGCAACUUAAUCAGUUUUACGAUCAGCCGGACAACGUAGGGGAACCAAUGGACACUGACAGUGAAUCCGAAGAGGAGCAGGUUCGUAGGAGCAGCUAUCGACCCAGCGCACGCUCCUCACCGCUGGCCAGGAAACCUCUGGGGAGACAGCAGGAGGAGCUGUCGCCAAUGGCGCAGUUUCGUGCGCUGGCCGUUUCUCUGGACAACCGAUAUAAUAUCAAGUUCUACUUCAUAGUAGUAGUAGCAACGAUGCUGGCCACCAUGGUCUACGUGAUGCUGACGCCCAACGCUUAGAAGGAAGCCUUUGCAACAAAUGACUUUGGUUUUGGUUACUACACUCAUCUUAACACCCAGACAUAAGGAAAAUUUCCCGUCAAGACCUCGCAUUUUAAUCUAAAUUCCGAAGAGAUUUAAAGUUCACGAAUAUUCAGUUCAAAUUGCCAAGUCUUUAAUUGCUUGUUUCGCAUAUUGUUUCUUUUUUAUACAUAUUUAGAAAAAAUGUACUACAUUAUAAUUAUUGUAUUGUAUUAAAUAAACUAAUUAAAUGUAA